UUCAGGUAAGUAGGAACAUAAUAAUGAAAACGAUCGGGACCAACGCCGAUAAUAUUUUAACUCCACGCCUCAUCGCGGCAUGAAGGUACGAACGACCUCCGUGACACCAGCGUCGCCCUUUGCUUAUACGAUGUGAAGGACCGUCGUCAAUUUCGUCAAUUUAUUAUCGCCCAGAAGAGAAGAUGCGGUGUGAUUUCAAGCGUUGCCGCCUCCUGGAACAAUUCUGCACACUAUCUUUUAUACUUGUGAUACUGUUCGUGCAGAAUGGAAGGUGCAUCAAGUGGUUGGCACUUGGUCACACGAAUGACGGAUGGAAUUGGUCGAGAGAGUCCUGCACCGGAGUCAGGAGUUCCGGUCUCCUGGAAAGGAAACAGGCCCGAGUGUGCCGCGCGUCUCCAGACGUCAUGCCCAGCUUGGUCGAGGCCGCUAAAGACACGUCGACGGUUUGCCAGCAGACGUUUCGUUAUCGCCGAUGGAACUGCAGCAGCAUUCAACUCGCCCCAAACUACACUCAGGAUUUACUCGGCGGAACGCGGGAACAAGCCUUUGUCUACGCGAUGUCGGCUGCUGCAGCAGUUUGGAGAUUGGCGCGAGGUUGUGCCCUAGGAAGCCUGGCCGCGUGUUCCUGCGCCACGCCUCCAAGAAGAGAGCCACCCUCCCCUUCGGCUCUGACCUCAUCUUCUAUAGCUCUGGGGGCCCUGGCUUCGCGAAGCUCAUUCAAAUGGGGUGGCUGUGGCGACGACGUCAAAUCGGCUUCCCGAAUCGCCAAGCGCUUUCUCCAAGCAUCGAGUCUCCCCGGAAGUGGAACCCUUGGAAAGUUCAUGCAUGCCGUCAACAUGCACAACAACAGGGCUGGGAGAAGGGCCGUGGAACAGUCUUUGACUUUGGAGUGCAAAUGUCACGGAGUGUCAGGUUCUUGCAGUGUCCGCACAUGCUGGCGAGGGCUCAGCUCUUCGGGGCCAGUCGUGGCAGGGAAACGUCUUCUUCAGAGGUAUGCAACUGCCGCAGAAGUUCGAGCAAGACCGGGCGGCCGUUUGCCUCCGUUAUACCAUCACGAUAAUCUUCUUUACACGACGAAAAGUCCCGACUACUGUCUGCCCGACAAGAAACGCGGGAGCCUUGGAACCGCUGGAAGGCAGUGUAACGCGAGUAGUUCAGGCUACGAGGGUUGCGAAUAUCUCUGCUGCGGACGAGGACACAUUACAAAAACCAAAGAAAUACUCGAACGAUGUCAAUGCAAGUGGUACAAUUGUUGCUACGUGAAGUGCAAGACUUGCCGUAAAUUUACCAAUACUCACGAGUGUAAUUGAAAUGUAUCAACGAUUUGUACGGAAUAUAAUUUACAAAAAUAAUGAUACAGAAGA